UCAUUAAUUAAUUAAGUCCCAUAUAUAUCCAAAUUGAAGUAUAAUAUGACAUGAGUGUGAAGAGUGGAUUAAUCUUCAAAUUUUCAAAUUGUAGUUAAUUAAGUUUGUUUUAUUAAAGGCAGUGACUUAUCCACGUUUAUAUAAGUGAGAAAUCAGCAUCAAGGACAUGUAGACAUACGGCUUUGUUAGAGAAAGGCACACAUGGAAAGAGAAGCAGAGGCAGCAAAGGAGGAAUUGGCAGUGGGAGGAUGGCAGCCUUUCGAAGAAAUCAUCAACUCUACCACCACCAAGUCCACCACCACAAUUACUACAGUUGGUACUACUGGUAUGUCUUCCUCAAAGCAUUACAUUAAUGGAGCUCAGUUUAUAGUUUCCGAAGAAGGUGAAUCCUCAUUUGGAUCUUUUGCAUUGAAGAAAGGAGAUGCUAAUUUUGAUGAUUCUAAGACAAGCCCUGAACAUGUCAUAUUGGAUUUCACAACAACAACAGCAUCUGCUAUUCAAGGUGGAGCCAAAAUUAAUCCUGAACAAGGUGGAGCCGAAAUUAACCCUGAACAUGUCUUAUUGGAUUUCACAGCAGCAACAACAUCAGCCAUUCAAGGUGGAGCUGUAAUUAACACUGAAGAAGAAGAUCAUUUCAAGACAGAUUUGUAUCUUGAAACAGUUUGCACGAAGCCGGAGAACUAUAAUUUCUACUGCCCUAAUUGUAAAGCUUGUAUUGAGAAGGUCCUUAUUCGCAAUGAAGAGGAAAUGAGGUGCCCAACAUGCUUGGAAUGUGUCAAAUUUAUAGGAGGUUGGGUCCUUCAAAAGUUCAGUAGAAGGAAACCAGAGGAUCUUGAGGAGGAUGAUUCUUUGAAGCAAAAAAGUCCUAUAACGUCGCCUGUUAGUCCUCCACCACCACCGCCGGCGGCACAGCUGCCACCUCCAAUAAGUCCAAUAAAGUGGGAAAUCCUUAAAAGUGUCGUUUAUGGUGGUUUAAUUGAAUCAAUCACAAGCUUAUCUAUUGUGACAUCUGCAUCUAGUUCUGCUACCGCCACAUUGAACAUUGUAGCCUUGGCACUGGCAAACUUGAUUGGUGGGCUUUUCGUCAUUGGUCAUAAUCUUAGGGAAUUAAAGAAUGAGCAAUCUAGAGUGGACUUGAAUCAAGAAGGUGAGCAGGUGGAUCGGUACAAGAAAAUAUUGGGGCAGAAAAAAAAUUUCAUUCUUCAUGCCUCAGUUGCAGUAUUAUCAUUCCUUGUUUUUGGCUUAGUGCCUCCACUGGUGUAUGGCUUCUCAUUUUAUGAGAGCGACAACGAGUACCUUAAGCUCGCAGCAGUUGCAGCAGCUUCUGUUUUAUGCAUCACAUUACUUGCCAUUGCCAAGGCUUCCAUCCAAAAUCCACCGGUUUCCAAGUAUAUAACAACUGUGUUGCACUAUCUUGCAAUUGGGGUUGCAGCCUCUGGCAUUUCUUACUUAGUAGGCUACCUAGUGGAGAAGCUUAUUGAGAAGCUUGGUUUGUUUGAGUCAACUGUCACUUUGCCCAUUCCUGAAAUGAGCUUAUUCAAACAUGCAUGGGGAUCCUACUAAUUAGAUGGGAUUCAUAAAUUGAAGUUUGUUGAGUUUUUGCUUUCCCUUCUUUUUCUUUGAAGUCCUACUUUUGUUUCAUUAACAUUAUUGGAAGUAAUGUUGGACAUGUAACUCUUUUUUGACUAGUGUUAGCAUUGAAAUCGUAUGCAAGAAUCAUUUGGCAUUUCAA